AUGGACGGUACCGAAGUUAGCGAGCAUCAUCAGGAUAAUCAUCUUGAUACUGCGGUUAGGAGCGUCCGUGUCGAUCGUCGCGAGCUGCCCGGGGGUGCGCUCAGCAGUGUCCAGGUCAGCAAUGAUUUGAUCGCCGUUGUACGGAUCACCAAGAGAUCCGCCUUCAACUUGAAGACGUUCUUGCUUUGUCCGCGCGCGCUUCAACAUGACAGAUACAGCUACCCCCAGCUUCGUCGUCUCGAGCAGCCAUUACGCUCGACAACCUACAGGAAUGGAAUUGUGUGGGUCCAAGUCAGUGAGCUGACGGAAAUCGUCAAGAACGCCACCAAGUGCAACCCCCAAGGAUCCAAGUUCACCAACCUGAAGAGUGUAGUUGAAGUCUUCUUUGGUGGCAGGUGGUUCAAGAACGGCAUCGAGCACAGCGGUGGCGCAAUCCCAAACGGCGCAGUGGUUCGACUCAAGGACGGCAUGCUGACUGAUAAGAUGCUGAUCAAGGCACUCGAGAGUCAUUACACAAGAUGGAGCACGGCUAUUCAAGACGUGCUUCGACACGACAAACAAGAUAUACUCAAGGCGCUUACGAGUGGCACUCCACGUCCCCAUAUUUCGCUUCGGCUCAAGUGA